AUGCUUGAAUAUUUUGGAAUUUGGUGGUCCAUUGACAACAAAGGAAUACUAGGAGUGUAUCUGCGCUGCUUCGGUUGUUGUACCAGUUCUUCGGGCUUUGCUUAUGAGGCAUGCCCGAAUUGUCAUCAAAAUGGUUUGAGAUACAAUCCAACUAUACAAAUAAUCAUCGGUUUGAUGGUAUUGUAUUUUAUAAAAAAGCUCAAGGGACCAAUUAUUCUGGCUGAAUUUGGCGGUUCACUCUGUGAUGGUAAGAAGACUGAAAACGAUACUGUCAAAGUGCACAGAAAUGCAUGCCGUAUAAUCAAUGAAUUGGCCGCUAAAACAAAGAAGAGUCAAAUCCCAACUGUCUUCAUCGUAUUCUUUCACCAAUCAAAAUUACGAUUUGAAAGUUUAAAAUUGAUAGACGAUAACGUUUACGUGCGAACAAGCCAUGCAAAGAUAGUCACUGCAAAACAUUCGUCCGUUGUACGUAUAGAGUACUAUAUGGUAUAUGCGCGUACGCCAUAUAGUACUCCACACAUACAACGUAUAACUUUUUACAUUUGA